AUGACUGAAAUGCAGGAGGCUAUCCAAGCCUUCAACCGCCAAAAUAUCUCCGUCCUGGUGCCCGGCGAGGCUGAGUACCGACAUGCCAUCGCAACAGCCAAUCUUCUUUUCCGCUUCUCACGCCCCGAAUGUGUCGUCCAGCCCGAAACCCCCGCCCAAGUCCAAACCAUCAUCAGAGAAGCAAUAGCUGGAAAGCUCAAAAUCACGAUUAAGUGCAAUGGACACUCGUACGCCGGCCACUCGACCGCCUUCAGCGGCAUCUCUCUCGACCUACGCCGGAUGAAGAACGCUGUGCUUGAGCUCGAUAGUAAUUCCGUACCCAAGACGGUCACCAUGGGUGCCGGCUGCCAAUGGGGUGACGUCUACGAGAAACUUAUCAUAGGCCGCCACGACGGCUACAUCAUCAACGGCGGUCGCUGUCCUACCGUCGGCGUGAGUGGCUUCAUCCUGGGCGCCGGUCUCGGCCCCUUCACGCGCAGCUUCGGCAUGGGGGCCGAUACCCUCGCCGAGGCGACGAUAGUUACUGCCAACGACGGCAUCGUCACCGUCCGCAAAACCGACCCGCCCGGCUCGUGGGAACGCCGUCUCUUCUGGGCCCUGCAGGGCGCCGGUGGUGGCAACUUUGGCGUUGUCGUGCAGAUGAAACUCAGCGUCCAGAAACUCCGCAACCUGCGAGGCAUGGUGGUCGCGGGGCGGUACCAAUGGUUCCCCCCAUCCGGCUUUACCGACGACGUCGUCGCCACCAUGAACGCCUUCUAUCGUACCCCAUGGCCGCAGGAGCUCACCAUCGAUACGACCUGGAUCUGCGACUUGCGGCAGGCCUCGAACCAGGGCGGCGUGCGCUUCAACGUGUCCUUCGACGGCAACAAGGUCGAGUACGAUCGCCUCAUCACCACGCACAUCGCCCAUCCAGGCCUGCAGACUCAACUCAAACGGCGCGUUCUCGCAGAGGAGUCGAGCCGUUUCCUCUACGAGACGCUCGUUGCCCAGUGGCUGGAAGAAGCCGAGCGCGCGUACCCCUCCAACAAAACGUACGAGCUCUACAGCUCCUUCAUCUUCACCAAGGCGUCUGAUUUUGAGAAGAUAACCGCUGUGAUCUGCGAGCGUAUGAAGUUCUUCCGCGAAAAGUUCAACGGCGAACAGGUCAACUUCCUCGUUACGUGGAUCCACGCCGGCGGGAAGGCCUCGGAGUUCCAAAGCACAGAGACCGCCUACUUCUGGCGCGACGCGCUCUUCCAUGCCUAUGUGACAGUCGAAUGGGUCGACAAGUGGAUGGAGCUGGAUAUGCGGCUCUUCUUGGCGAGUGUCAAGAAGCAGCUCCGUUCGCUGUCGCUGAACGAGAAGGCGGCGUUUAUGAAUUUUCCUGACAGGGAUUUUCCGACAAAGUUACAUGAGGAACGGUAUUUUGGGGGAAAUAAGGAUGAGUUGAGAAAGGUGAAGCAGAGGUGGGACCCAAAUAACGUUUUCAAAUGGGUCCAUGGGGUGAGGAGGCCGGGCGAUCCCGAAGAGGAUGAUACGGCUGAGGAGUAUGCGGAGCGGACGGAUAAGUUUGCUAGUGAGCAGUGGGCGGGUAUGUUUUGA